GUGUAAAUAGCUGACGCUGCUUUCGCUGCUCCGGUUUUGGGGAGGGGGCGUCGAGACUGAUUCGGAUCCGCCGCCUCCUUUCUCUGCCGUUCCUGAUUCUCCAAAUGGGAGGGGGCGAAGCAGCCCCGCCCCCACGCCAUUCGACUCGCCCCCCUGCAACCAGGAGACCGGGGGGGGGGGUUGUGCUGGGGGAGCUCCCUCCACCUCUACCUCCCACCCAGCUUUGCAUUGAUGAGAAUGGAGGAAUAAAGGGGGGGGGGGGCUGCUGCUUCCCAGAUCUAGACCACCCCAAUCACACUUUGCAAAAGUUUCCAAUAUUCUGUCCCGUCUUUUCUGCUAGGCUGCCGGACCCUGCGGGCCCCCCUGGAACUGAGAGGCAGAAGACCCCCCCCCCUCACCGUGGGGUCCUGUUUGGCACCACUUAGCCCAGGAAAUGGGGUUCGGCUGUGGCCCCACCAUCUGGCACCUUGCAGGGGCGCGCCUCCUGAGCCCAGGAAUGGAAGCACUGGGGUUUCUGCAAUCCUAGUCCUAUUGCAUUGCUUGAAAAGGGCAGCUUAUUCUCUGCUCCCCGGGCUUUCUUCCACAGCGGGCAAGAAACAGGAGGAUAUAAAGGAACAGGCUGAGGUUUGGCGACCUUCAAAGACGUAUCUGUGUGUUUCUCAGAGGAGUUUCUGCCUCCAGUCGAUCCCAGGCAAAGAGGUCUGCAUCCAGAAGUCAUGGAAGAGAUCUGCGAAGAUCCGGCCUCUCUUGGUGAUCAGCAGGAGAGUGAGAAAAACAGCAUGGGAAGGAGACUGAAAGGAAAGCAAGAGAAGGAAAAGGAGGUCAUUGCUUUGGAAGGUGGCAACUUACAUGAAAUUCCAGUCCAAGAAGAAUGUCACAAAGGGAACCCUUCUGUUGACCCCGAAAAAACUCUUCUAGCCGGUGAACUCUUCUGUAGUAACUCAGACCUUAGCACAUGUGAUGGAGUAGAUGAUGAGGAAGACUCACGUAAAUGCUCCAUGACCAGAAAAGGUUUUGAUGCAAAUGCAGGCCAAACAAUCCAUACAGGGGAGAAACCAUAUAAAUGCUCCGAAUGUGGAAAGAGCUUCACCAAGAGAGAGCACCUCACUUCACAUCGAAGAACCCACACGGGAGAGAAGCCGUACCAAUGUUCAGAGUGUGGGAAGUGCUUCAGUCAGAGCAUAAACCUGAUUUCUCAUCAAAGAAUCCAUACAGGGGAGAAACCCUAUAAGUGCUCUGAGUGUGGGAAGAGCUUCACCCAGCGAGAGCACUUGGCUUCCCAUCAUAGAAUUCAUACUGGGGAGAAACCAUAUCAGUGCUCAGAGUGUGGAAUCAGCUUCAGCCAGAGCACAAAUCUCACUUCUCAUCAGAGAAUCCACACUGGAGAGAAACCGUAUACAUGCGCAGAGUGCGGACGGAGCUUCAGUCGGAGCACGGACCUUGCCAUCCAUCAAAGAAUCCACACUGGGGAUAAGCCAUAUUCGUGCACAGAGUGUAGGAAGAACUUUAGUCGGAGCUCAGACCUUGUUACCCAUCUAAGAAUCCACACAGGGGAGAAACCCUACAAAUGUUCUGUGUGUGAGAAGAGCUUCAGUCAGAGAUCAGCGCUUACUUUACAUUACAGAACCCACACAGGAGAGAAACCAUAUGUAUGCUCAGAAUGUGGAAAAAGCUUCAGUCACAGCAAUAGCUUUACUUCCCAUCAAAGAAUCCACACAGGAGAGAAACCUUAUGUAUGUACAGAGUGUGGAAAGAGCUUUAGUCAGAGCUCGGACCUUUCUAUCCAUCAGAGAAUCCAUACAGGGGAGAAGCCGUAUACAUGUUGGGAUUGUGGAAAGACCUUUAGUCAUCGCAACAGCCUUACUUCCCAUAAAAGAAUGCACACAGGGAAGAAACCAUAUACAUGCUCAGAGUGUGAUAAAACCUUCAGUCAGAGCUCAGACCUUGUUAUCCAUCAGAGAAUGCACACAGGGGAGAAACCAUUUACAUGUCCCGAAUGUGGAAAGAGAUUUAGUCGGAGUUCAGACCUUGUUAUCCAUCAAAGGAUCCACACAGGAGAGAAACCAUAUACAUGUUCAGAGUGUGAAAAGAGGUUCUGCCGAAGUUCUGACCUUGUUAUCCAUCAAAGGAUCCACACAGGAGAGAAGCCAUAUCAAUGCUCAGAGUGUGGAAAGAGUUUUGCUAAGAGAGAGAACCUGACUUCCCAUCAAAAAAUCCACACAGGGGAGAAGCCGUACUCAUGCAUCGUGUGUGGAAAGACCUUCCGUCACAGCUCAGGGCUUACUUCACAUCAAAGAAUCCACACAGCAUAGAAACAGGUCACAUGCUUAGAAAUAUUUUAAAUAAAUACUUAAAUAAUGGUCACAGCAAAAGCCUUGAUUCUCAUCAAAGAAUCCACACUGGCCCUGAAUUAUGAAAGACCUUUAGGUGGAGCUGAAAUCCCUGGCCACAUUGAAUGAUUUUCAGUGUGGUGAAUCCCAGACAUUUUUAAAUGUUUAGCAUGUGGAAAGGACAUUGUCGUUCAUGGUAGUUGUAUAGGAUGGUGAACCUGGGUUUAAACCCAGCGCCACUGAGCCAGGGCUACUCAUCCUCCUGGCCCUCCUAGCUCCCAGGCCAUUCCACCUACAUAAGAAUACAUAAGAGCUAGCCUGCUGAAUCAGACCAGAGUCCAUCUAGUCCAGCACUCUGCUACUCGCAGUGGCCCACCAGAUACCUUUGGGAGCUCACAGGCAGGAGGUGAAAGCAAUGGCCUUCUGCUGCUGCUGCUCCUGAGCACCUGGUCUGCUAAGGCAUUUGCAAUCUCAGAUCAAGGAGACAGCUACAAAUAGGAGUAGCAACAGCUACAAAUAGGAGUACAAGGCCAGGAAGUGGGCCAGGAUGUCAUGACCCAAGAAGAAGUCCCCCCUCCCCCAAUAAAAGGCUUGUGCUGCUGUUCACCAUUUGAGUUUUUAUUGCAGGGGGUUGGACUUGAUGGCCUUUGAGGUCUCUUCCAACUCCAUGACUCUGUGAUCAAUUGUUGACUAGUUUUGUAUAUUGUUAUUUAUUGAAUGCUUCAAAUUGUGAUGGCCUCUCUGAGUCCAGCCUUGGCUAGGGGGAACGGGAUAUAAAUUUAAUUAAAAAAUAAAUAAAUCUGUUAGUAGGCCGUCAUUUGCCUCUCCAGCAUAUGUUUAUUUGGAAAUGAGACAAAGAAUGUCCAGAUAUCAUAUGUGUGUAUGAAAGUUUCAUUUAAAUUUUGAAUUUAAUGGUGAAGACAAGACUUUGCGUUGAGUGAGACUUCAGUAACCUUUUGGGGGUCUAGAUAUAAAUCCCAAAGGAACAUGCCCCUUUACUAUCUGCAUGAAAGUCCUUUGUACCUUCCUGCCAUGCUCAUGUGUAAAAAAGUUUUGCUUAUUUCUCCUUCCAUGAUUGUUGUUAAUUAGAACAAACAUGGGUAUCUGUUUAUUCACCGGUCUUUGUUUUCUUAUUCUUCGUGUGCCUUGUUUCCUGAUUGUCCCAGGUGGUCAUCUUUCCCCAUACUUGUCGUUAGGUCUCAGACCCUUAAGCCAACUAACGGACUCUGAAGUAUUGAUCAAUAGCGUUUAUUGAGCAGGCAUCGAAGUAACACACUAGCAAAGCCAGUUCUGCUGAAACUCGCUUUCACAACCCCCUUUAUCCCCAAAGCGAGCCCCCCUCCUGUUUCCCAAGAAUUUGUGAAAAACAGCCUUUGAAGCUAAGGCGCCAGCAGAUAGCAAGAGAAAGCCAUCUAGCUUCCGCUGCCCCCCCCCCCCCCCCCCCCAACUCCAGAUAAUGAAAGCAACAUUGUUCCUAAAGGACAAGGGUGCGGGGGAAGCCUAGUUGUCUACAAGCAUGUGAAGCCAUAAUUUCCUAUCAUUUGUAGUGUUUUAUUCCCACUAUAAUUUUGCUGGUUAUACAAAUAAAGCUCUUCAUUUUUA